AUGAGAGCAGCACCACCGAAAUAUGCUCAUUCCCAAGUGGAACUUAAACUUUCUUGUAACGAUUUGCCAGAUUUAGAUUAUCUUUCCAAAAGUGAUCCACAAAUUAUUUUAUUGAUUAAAGACAUUCGUACUCAAAAAUGGAAAUCAACUAACCAACAAACCGAAGUUGUUAUGAAUAAUUUAAAUCCAAAGUUCGUAAUAAGCUUUAUCCUUGAUUAUUUAUUUGAAGAAUUACAACAGCUUAGAUUUAUUUGUGUUGACGUUGAUAAACCAAAUAAUUCUGAUUGGCAAGAUCAAGAAUUUAUCGGUCAAUUUGAUUGUGACCUUGGUUCUUUAGUUGGUUGUCAGGGUGGUAAGAUGAAAGGAAAAUUAUAUGAUCCGAAGCAUCAAGGAAAAGAUCGAGGAUUUAUAGUCAUAUCAACCGAAGAAGUGAGCAAGUCAAAAAGAAACGCAAGAUUAAAAUUUCAAGCUAAUAAUAUCUUUUCAAAGAGCGGUUUGUUUAAAACGAAACCAGAGGUAUUUUUAAUCGUCAGUAGAGCAAACGAAGAUAACACUUUUUCACCAGUUUAUAAAUCUAUUGGAAUUUCUUCAGCGAGCCCAAUGUGGGAUGCCUUUACCAUCAAGGAAGCAACUUUAUGUAACGGAGAUUUAGAUCGACCAUUACAAUUACAAGUGAGACAAGAAAAGAAGAAUGGAUCUUACCUAAUCCUUGGGCAAUGUACUGUCACCCUUAAUGAAAUUUUAAAGGGUAAAAGGUUAUAUGCAUUACGCUUACCUCCAGGUACAAACGGGAAAGUUGGAAAAGAUACAAAUAUAACGGUUAUUCACGCAUCAACCGAAGAGCCUCCAACGUUUUUAGAUUACAUUGCCGGCGGUACAGAGAUAAAUCUUGUAGCCGCAAUUGAUUUUACAGGAUCUAAUGGAGAUCCUCGAACGCCGAAAAGUUUGCAUUAUAUCAAUGGACGAAGGGAAAAUGAUUAUCAAAGAGCGAUUCGUAGCGUUGGUAAGAUAUUGGAAGGGUAUGAUUAUGACAGAAUGUUUCCAGUAUAUGGAUUUGGUGCAAAAUUCAAUGGGGUAUUAUCACAUACCUAUCCACUAAAUAAUAAUUUCAGUAAUCCUGAAGUAGAAGGGGUUGAUGGAAUAAUGGCUGCAUAUUCGCAGGCAAUACAUAGUGUUGAAUUAUAUGGCCCAACUUAUUUUUCACCCAUCAUAAAUCAAACAGCGGAGAGAAUUAAAGAAGAAGUUGCUGUCGGAAAUGACAAUGUUUAUUAUAUAUUGUUAGUAAUAACAGACGGUGUAAUAACAGAUAUGGAUUCUACGAUUAGGUCGAUAGUGAGUGCUAGCGUACUUCCGUUGUCCAUUGUUAUAGUUGGAGUCGGUAAUGCCGAUUUUACCAAUAUGAAUAUACUUGAUGCCGACGAUAGACCAUUAGUCCAAAAGUCGGAUUAUCAGACGAGGAGGACAGAAAUUGUAAUGGAUAGAGAUAUAGUACAAUUUGUAGCGAUGAGAGAUUUUCAAACAGAAACAGCACAAUACCAACUACCAAAAGCUGUAUUGGAAGAAAUUCCCGAUCAAUUUAUGAGUUAUAUGAUGAAACAUAACCUACAACCAAGAGAUCCUAUUAGAAGAAGAACCAUUGAAUUAGAGGUUGAUGUUAGAUUUGUUGGAAGUCCUGAUGAACCCCCACCAGCUUAUACUUCGUGA